AUGGGUGAUGCAGAAAGAAUGAUCUCCUCAGAAGCACCUCAGAAAAAUUACUGUGGCCUAUAUUAUUGUUGGGAAUGCUUUCGUAGAGAAGACAGUUGCAAUGCUGAGGAGGGAUCAUCAUCAUUAACACCAGAACAAUUACUCGACGCACAAGUUGAACGUUAUUUGAAAAACUUUCCCGAGGGAUUGAAAUUUCAACCAAGUGAUGAGGAGGCAGUACUAUAUUAUCUUGUUAAGAGAUCUAGGAAUGAUCAGUUACCUGUUAGUCCAAUAAAAGAAGUAAACAUUUACGAGUUUACUCCGGAGGAUCUUCUAGAUAAGUACAAGAAUUAUGGGAUACAAGGGAUAGAAGGAAAAGAAUUGUACGUUUUCACACCUAGAGAAAGAAAAUAUCCCAACGGAUCUCGACCUGAACGCUAUAUUACUGGUCGUUAUAUAGGAUAUUGGCAAAUUUUUGGAAAACCUAAGGAUAUUUUUAACACGGAUGGUACUCCAACUGGUGUCAGGCGUUCGCUGAAUUUUUAUAAAGGGACGAAAGAAGACCAUUCAGAUACACCAUUCACCAUGAUUGAAUACAUCUUAGAAAGUAGGAUACAGAGUAAAUCAGGUCAUCAAGAUGGCAAUAAGAAGCAGGAGCCGGUGAAAUUGGCUUUGUGUAAGAUUUGGGAAAGACUACCUGCUAAGGAAGUUUUGUCACCGGUAGCAAAAUCGUCGAUGGAGAAUACUGAUACUACUUUGCUCGAGAACGCAGAAUAUAAUUCAUCAGAGCUGGUCAUGGAGGCACAUCAAGGUUCCUCCUCGAGCAAUAUGGUUACGCCUACUGAUAAUGAAAAUGCCUCGCGUACUAAUGGAUUCUUGCAGUUGCAAGACUACAACAUUGUAGAUGCGACCAACUCGUAUGGCGGUUUUCUGGAUAAUAAAUACAUAAACAACAUAUCGUUUGAACAACAAUAUGAUCUGGACCUUGCUUCUUUGCUCGACGACACUAACACAGAGUUCAAUUCAUUUGAGCCAGCCAUGGGGGCGUAUCAAGAUUUUACCUUGAUGGAUAUGGUUACGCCUAAUGAUGGGAAUUUCUCAAAUAUCAAUAGAUCCUUGCAAGGCCAUAUGGCGAUGGAGGAGACAUUUGUCAAUCCUUUUAUGACUUCCGGUGACCACUGUUUGCCGGGACAAAAACAAAACGGAGAGUUACAGGGUGGCCAAGAGAACCAAUUUGAGUCAUCAGUCAUUCUAAACGAUUUGUAUAUCAAUGGUUCUUCUUCAGCAAAUCAAUAA